AUGUCUGGCAAUCUCAUAGCCGAGAUAGUGGAGGUGCCCAGAAGAGGCCCCAACGUGGAUAGUGAUGUUGCGACACUGGCUUCCGAGAUUCAACGUCCAACCUCAGUAGCCAAUUCGGCGACAUUUCUCAACAAUCACCACCCUCGCUAUCUUGAUCCAAGACUGGACCAAUCUCUAACCGACAAAUUCGAAGCUCAAACCCUCAACAAGGUCGAUCUCAUUGAUGACGACCUUGAUCCUUCUCCUUUUCCCUUCAAACCAAAUCAACUCGCAUCGCUGGUGGAGCUUAAGAGCCUUGACGGACUGAUGGCAUUAGGUGGUGCUUCUGGGGUCAUCGAGGGCCUUCAAACCAGCACCAAGGACGGUAUAGUGACCAAACUGACUCCAGUCGAAGAGAACGGCAGGCCUGUAAUCGAGUCGAGACUACGUGAGCGACAGCUGGAAGAGAAACACGAGAGCGAUGAAGAACUUCCGGCGAUUCGUCUGACAGCACCGACACCGACAGAAAGCCAAGCGGAUCACGAGGCGUCGUACGUGGUUAUCGAGGAACGGAGGAGGGUUUACGGAAGAAACGUUGUCCCGAUACGCAACAGUAAACCACUCCUGCUUCUCAUUUGGCUCGCUCUUCAAGAUAACGUUCUGAUCCUACUCUCCACUGCGGCUUUCGUCUCUGCUGUAAUAGGCGCAUUUCUCUCGCCAAAGGGCACAUACAACGCAUACUGGGUGGAAGGCCUGGCUGUUCUCGUGGGCAUCAUUAUCAUCGUAUUCGUUGGCGCCUUGAAUGACUGGAACAGAGAGCGACAACUUCAGUUCCUCCAUGAACGAAAGAACGAAAGAACGACCAAGGUCAUCCGCGAUGGUGUCGAACAAGUGAUUGACGUCAAGGACCUGGUCGUUGGCGACGUUGGCCUCCUUCAACCCGGUGAAAUUCUUCCUUGCGACGGAAUAUUUUUGUCCGGUCAUAACGUCAAGUGCGACGAAUCUUGGUUCUCUGGCGAAUCGGACGCGAUACGCAAACACCCAUUUACUAAAGUCGCCACCACUCCAACUUGCGAGAAGGAUGACGCCUCGGUCGAAGUCCCCCACAGUUACGGCGAUUGCUUCAUCCUUUCGGGCAGUAAGGUAUUAGAGGGUGCUGGAAAGUACAUUGUCGUCGCGGUCGGUCGAAGAUCUCUCAGCGGCCGCGUCCAAACGUCACUGGAAAGCAGUAGAACCGUAACACCAUUGCAAGAUAAAUUGAACGGAUUUGCGACAUUGGUUGCCAAGAUAGGCUCUUGCAUAGGUCUCGCGUUGUUUAUCGCCCUUCUCUUCCGUCUCCUCGUUCAAUUCGGCAAGGAUGCCCCACAACGGCAACCACUUGAGAAAGGUUUUGCUAUUGUUAGCAUUCUCAUUGUUGCGACUGUACUUGUUGUCGUCGCAGUUCCUCAAGGCCUUCCGCUGGCGGCUAUCCUUUCCAUUUCCUUUGCAGCGAAGCGAAUGUUUCGAGAAGGAAUUCUCGUCCGUACUGUGCAUGCCUCUGAAUUCCUGGGUGGCAUAUCAGUAAUCUGCUCCAACAAGGCCACCUUCGUGAAUGAGGAUCGCCUAACAGUCGUUUCCGGGACCAUUGGGAUACACGCUAAAUUUAGUCGUGAUUCUGGAGAAGGCCACACGAUUACAGCGGACCACACUCCUCAUUCUGGCACUCAACACGACCUCGGCCCCCACCAUCUCUUUCUCAAGCAGGACCAACUUUCCGGCUUUCUUCCCAAGGAACUCAAGAAGGCCUUCACGGAAUCGCUUGUCGUAAAUUCGACCGCUUUCGAAAAUACCACACAUAGUACCGACGGAGAAACAACCUUCGAGGGAAGCAAGACCGAGGUCGCACUGCUUAAAUUUGCCAGACAAUCCCUUGGGAUGGUCGCCUCCGAUGUCGUUAGGACUCGAGAUCGUGCCAAGGUCGUCCGAAUGUUCCCAUUCUCGAGCGAACGGAAGUGUAUGGCUGUCGUCGUGACCCUGUCGGAUGGCCAGUAUCGAGCAUAUUUUAAAGGCGCCAGCGAGAUCCUUGCGAAUGUUUCCACGAAACACGUCGUUGUUCGAGAAAACAUGCGCCCUACAAGCACCAUACGGACUAGCGUCCUCGAGGAUCUCGCCAGGGAAAAAAUCAUGCAAACAACAAUUGAUUAUGCCAAUGAAGGUCUACGCACUCUGGCGCUUUGUUAUCGGGACUUUUCGUCAUGGCCUCCUUUGGGACAAGAGCUGGACGACGAAGGAGAGGUACCCUUUGAUGGUCUCUUGCACAAUCUGACUCUUCUGAGCGUUAUAGGCCUCGAUGAGCCGCUCUACCCUGAUGCUGAAGAGGAUGUCAAGAAGUGCCACCGUGCUGGAAUAUCCAUUAAGCUGUGUACAGGGGACAACGUGCUGACUGCCCGUUCGUUCGCGACACGGUGUGGCAUUUUUACACCCAGUGGUAUCAUCAUGGAAGGACCCACGUUUCGCCAGCUAACAACAGCAGAGUUGGUUGAAAUUGUACCACGCCUUCAGGUGUUAGCGCGAUCUUCAGCGGAAGACAAGGAUCUCCUUAUCAGGGUCUUAAGGAUGCUCGACGAGAUCGUUUCUGUGACAGGGAAAAAUGCUAACGACAGCCCUGUCCUUAGGAUUGCCCACGUCGGGUUUUCAAUGGGUAUCUCUGGAACAGAAGUUGCAAAGGAGGCUUCCGACAUUGUUCUUAUGGACGACAAUUUCAGCGGCAUCAUACAAGCAGUUCUCUGGGGAAGGAACAUGCAUGACGCCAUCCGGAAGUUCCUACAGAUGAUGGUUACUGUCAAUGUCUCUGCUGGGUUGCUCAUUUUCAUGACGGCGAUAGCUUCUAGCACAGGUCGUUCAGUUCCCUCUCCCGUUCAGCUUCUAUGGGUCAACGUCAUCAUGGACACUUUCGCCUCUUUGGGACUCGUAACAGAUCCCAAAACAGAGAAACUGCUUGAUCGAAAACCAUCUACUGUUCAAAUACCUUUGUUUACGACGCCGAUGUUGAAGAUGAUUUUAGCUCAGGUCGUUUAUCAGGCCGUCAUACUCUUUCCAAUCCAUUUCUAUGGACGCAAAGUUCUCGAUCUUCCUCCCACGGAAGAGGGAACAAGGACAAUCAAUACACUUGUUUUCAACACCUUCGUUUUUUGUCAAAUAUUCAACACUUUUAAUUGUCGGAGUCUCGACAAGCGCCUUAACGUCUUCGAGGGCUUGGCACAAAACAUGUAUUUCAUGGCUAUAAUUUUCCUCGAGAUUACUAUGCAGACUUUUAUUGUCUCGUUUGGAGGUCGACAUUUAGGCAUCGUUCCCCUUAGAUGGAGGGAAUGGUGCAUUUCAAUCGGCCUGGCGUUCUUGGCUCUUCCACUCGGCGUCCUGACUCUCUAUCUCCCAAACAAACCAUUCCAUUCAUUUUUCCGAGUUGUGGGACUGAUUAAAGAUCUCAAUGUACUUCCUACCUCUCGACAUGAACCGGAUGACUGGAAUAGGGCUCUCUCUGACAUCAGAGCGGGCUUACGAACCUUCUCGACACUUCGCGGAGGUCGUCUAAGGGCCUCUGGACGUGUUGUUCCAGGGCCCGACUGGCAGUAUUCCGAAAUAAGCUUCCCACGCGCCGCUCGUCUGCACCAGCAGGAUGGUCACGAUCUUGUCCGCUCACCACCUCAUUGA